AAUUCUAGCCGUAUCUGAGUUCGAACGCACUCAUUUUCCGACAAAGUAUUUUUCUACUGUAACGUUUUAGCGUAGCCUUACGUAGCCUUAGCGUAGACAUACGUGAAAAUCUCGGUGAUGAGUUUCGACACCAAUGCACUCGACAUUCACAUUGGCCCUUGUCGAACGGGCUGGGUCGUGAUCUGAGUUCAGAGCUUUCGCCGCAGACCAUUUACCUUUUCAGUGGCUGUCUCUGUUCAAUGAUUGUAGACGAUCGUCAAUGUUUUAACGGACAGCUCUACAAGACUAUUGUAUGUACUACAAUUGAUAAAUGCGACUCGUUUAUGUUGAUCGGCUUCUUGACUCAUUUGUCUGUUGACUAUCUAUUGCAUUUGAGUAUCUAGCUAUGCUAAGCCUGGUUAGACGCCAUGCUAGUUAAAGCCACACAGUAAAAAGCUGCGAUGAAAAUAUAAAGACUAAAUAGAAGCGUUUUCAGCUUCGAGAAAAAAUUUACUACCCCAACAUCCCAGCUGACGUGCGUAUCUGCGACACCUGUAACUCUCCGGAGAUCGUCCACAUAGCAGUUAGUGCUUUCUGUGAUAAAGAAGAAAUAAGCGGCCUACUCGUUAGCGUUAGUGUGAUGUAUAUACUAUCUUGGCGUUGACUCGAUAAACCAAGAGAUUUCAGCUGAAUAGUAUCGUACAGCGAUCGUCGUGACAAUGCUUGAGCGCACCUAUGGAGAUACCAGCCCGCUGUGGGUUGAAGAGAGUGCGCAGUUAUUGGACAUCCUCAUUCCAGUACUGCACUUCACUGGAGUUCUCACGACCAUCGUUCUAUGGGGAGUUUCGAUUGAGCUGAUCGUAAGACACAGUGCGCUGGGAUUCUUCCUAACAGUUUGUGCCCUGCUGACGACGGUUUUCGAGCUGGCGUUCUUCGUCGACUUCUGGUUAGAGAUGCACAAUAGAUCAGAGGCCUGGCGUUGGUGGAGAUGCGUCCGAUGUUUAGAUUUCCUCCCGAAAGCCGGUCUCUACGCAACGCUGGCCAUCCUCUGCUUUGUGUACCAGCAUGGAGGCGACAUAUGGCUCCCCAUACUAGCAGGCGUAAUGUCUAUAGUACUUGCCGUAAAUUACCUAAUCGUUGGACUCCUAAUCUAUGCUCGCAUCAAGCGCGAGCAAGACUACCCGGCGUUUGAGGUCGACCUAUCGUUCCCCGAGCCCGCAUCACUCAUACAACAGGAGGAAAUUAUUCUUCUCUGAUCGACAGACGCGAGGACUAAAUGGGCAAGCUCUUCAUUCUGCAUCAAUAAGUCGAAAAGCCGCGCGUCGGCGCUGCUUCUGCGCCUGCGAAUAAACCGUUCCCCUUCGUGCUCUGACUUUCGCCUUGACACGACAGGUUAUCUGGUCAACCUCCAUCAGUUUACCAAGGAGUUUCUCCGAUCACUCGCGCAUCUCACCUUCAAGAGCGAUGGUGGCAAAAUCAACGCCAAUGUUGAAACUUUAUUUCAGUGCACUGCAAAAUCUAAGCGAUUUGGAAGGCAACGACCGCAAACUCUUCUUUUUUCUCAUCCUUAUGCAUUCAUCUAUGUAACAUAUGUAAAUAUAAGCACUUCGUAGGCUAAACGAAAGGUUCGUCUUUUGUAUUCUUCAUUUCAGCCUCUCUCAACGUGCUUUCGGCCUUUUUUGCUUCUAUCUGUUUGUCGAGGCCAGGUUUUCUUAUUCGUUCCAGUCAUUGUAGAUUCGUACACAUGGGUGAAUGGUUCGUGUUUUCGUUUCGUUCCUGGUUGUAGUACCACGUAAGUGCGUUAGUGCCUGUAUGUCUGUGUGUGGAGUCAUGCGCUUGUGUGUGUACGAACGAUGCAGCAAAGUUCGUUUAUCGUCAAGAAGAAUGGGAGCAGCCGUCAAGGGGGUUGUUGGAGCUGUCGGGCCUUGCCAAGCCUAUCUUCUUUGCUAUAUACUCUUCCCCCCUCACUCGUCUCGCACUUCUUUCUUGGUCUUCGUAGAAGCCAAGUUACACCGCUCUCUGCUUUUUUCCUUAUACAACCCCAGCACUGAUUUUAAACCAGCCAAGGGAAGCCACCGUUACAGGGACGGGAUUCAUUUUACCCUUUCCUUAGUUUUCUUCACGCGCUCCCUUUUAUCUCGCAUAUAAGUCAAGGCUACAGGAGGGAGACCGAGAGACAGAGAAUCACGAAGCUAGGGAGGUCGGAAAAGCAAUGGCGGGGUCGGGAGUUCAAUCCUCAGCCUCCCGUUAACUGGUCCAUCCGAGUCGUCGUCCCUUACUAGCCGUUCUAGCUUUGUUUUGCCGGUUUUUUAGUCCCAUCCCUCCAACCCACUCUUUUUUGCUUAUUUUUUGAGCUUCGCGUCUUUCUCUCCGGAGAUGUUUUUCAUCUGCUCGUUAUGGCUUUUUUCAGUGAAGUGCCAGGGACCGAGCAAAGGCGUGAAUCGACACCGGCACCAUCGUUUUGGGAACUUACCAAGCUGACUUCCUUUUCCAUUCACUUUCUAUUGAUGGCGCUAACGUGAAACGGGUCGUUCCAGCUGCACCGCAUCCAGUCGCAGACAAAUCUGAGGAAACGCAGGUGGGGUCACACUUUCAGAUGCACACUAACGUAAUAAUUUUCCAUACUCGUGCGUAUUAUACAUGUACCCUUUUUAAGUACUUGUACACCGAGAAAAGAGUGC